AUGGUCUGCGCCGUCUCGACUGUGAGUGGACGGAUUUUAGAGCCUCGAUUUGCCGAAAUUGAAGAUGUAUUUCGAGAAAAUUUCUCGAUGGGUCUGGAAUCAGCAGGGGCCAGUUUUGCUCUUUAUCAAGGCGGAAAACUUAUUGUCGAUCUGUGGGGAGGUUUAGCCAAUCGAGAAAAUGGUCAACCUUGGACUGAAGAUACAAUGUCAGUUCUCUUCUCAACAACGAAGAGUUUGUCUGCAAUUAUUUUGGCGACUGUUAUGGAUCAGGAGGGAGUUUCUUACAAUCAAAAAAUAUCAGAAUUUUGGCCAGAAUUUGCCCAAAAUGGUAAAGAAAACAUCACUAUACUUGAUGUUGUGCUCCAUCAGGCAGGCUUACCGUACUCCAAUGAAGUGGUGAGCAAAGAAGACUUUGCCAAUCGGAAAACGAUGAGUUCCUAUUUCGAGCACGCCACUCCUGUUUGGAGACCAGGAAGUCAAACAGGCUACCACGCCUUAACUUUUGGGUGCGACUUGUUCUAUACGGUAAAUAUGUUUUGCGUCAAUAAUGUGAUCCGCACCGAUGCACCUCUUCUUUUAGACAUCAAGGAUCUUUCCAUUGGUUUGAAGGAAGCUAAAGACAACGAGCGUGUUGCCACUGUACAGUAUCCAGGAGAAUUGCAAAUCGAAGCUGAAGGGAGGCGUGACCCUGAAGCAUUGCGGCGUUGGAAUGCUGGAGAUAAUGAGUACAACAAGCGCCUUUAUGAAACAUGGCCCUGGAUCACCACAGAAGACGUAACAAUAACUGUUGCUGCACUUCUUCCCGUCUAUGUACUACAUCAAGUCAUUGUUUCAGUAUAA